GGUUCCUGUCCGAGAGGACGUUUUGGGGAUCCAAGCAGUUCAAGACUGCAGCCGGCUCUUUCCAAGAGCGGGGAAUUCCUUUGGAGACAACUCAGACUUGCUCUGAGAAGUUCCCCAUGGCUCAGCAAGGAGACGACUGCUACUACUAUUUCUACUCCGUCUGUCUGAAGGGAGACAGCUGUCCCUUCCGCCACUGUGAAGCGGCUCUGGGGAGUGAACGAGUCUGCCGACUGUGGGUGCAGGGUUGCUGUUUCCGGAAUGACUGCAAGUUCAGACACAUGAAAAUUGAUAAGAAGCGCAGUGAGAUUCCCUGCUAUUGGGAGAAUCAGCCGGGAGGCUGUCAGAAAGCCCACUGCCCUUUUCUUCACCUGAAGGAAUGCGGUGGGAACGCACCGACCGUACCACCAAGCAACGAAGCUGACCCGAGCGGCCUUCCUCUGAACAGCGGCCUUGCAGAAAGCCUGGAGAACCAGACAGAGGUUGAGGAGGCACCAGAGACAGUUGACAUCCCAGCUUCCUCCCAUGGCCCGGCUGCAACAAAACGCAAGCGAUCUGAGGAGACGGGCAAAGCAAGGGAAUUGCCUCGCAAGAAGAGAGUCAAGGGUGAGCACAAGGAGCUUGUUACAGUGCCUCAGCACA